GCAAUUGAUGCACCUUGCCUAGAAGCAUUGGUAUAUGAAGAUUUCACCGCCGUUUAUAAUGCUCGAAACAUGGGGCCCGUGAACGAACCAGAUCUUCUCCCUUUUAGGAUUCAGGGAUAUUCAAUGGAGAUAUCCACUGAACAAGUCUAUAUAAACGCAGAAUUCAUAGAGCAUACAUCUAUAAUGCCAAUCGUACUCUCCCUGUGGAAGAAUAAGUCUCAAUUGAG